AUGCCUCAACACAGGUUUUCUGAGUACACCGCGGACGAGAAAGGUCUCGCCGCAACAACGGGUGCAGUUGGCCACGGCACUGGCGCUGGCGCUGGUAGUUUGGGUAAAAACAACUCCAACACCAAUGUAGACUCAGACGCGGCGUCGGAUCCGCUGUCGCGGAUCCAGAUCAAACCCGUCAACGACGAGGACGACACCUCGGUGAUGAUAACGUUCAACCAGGACGUUUCGUGGUUCAUCGUGACGCUCACGUUUGUGGCCUCGAUAUCGGGGUUCAUGUUUGGCUACGACACCGGUUACAUCUCAAGCGCGCUGGUCUCCAUCGGAACCGAUCUUGACGGCCAAGAGCUUACUUACGGCAACAAGGAGUUUAUCACCGCUGCGACGUCGCUCGGCGCUCUCAUCAGUGCCAUCUUCGCAGGCACCUGUGCCGACAUCUGGGGCCGCAAGCCUUGCAUCAUGUUUUCUAACCUUUUAUUUGUCAUUGGGGCCGUGCUCCAAGUGUGCGCACACUCGUUUUGGCAGAUGGUGGCGGGCCGUCUGAUCAUGGGAUUCGGCGUAGGGAUUGGCUCCUUGAUCUCUCCUUUGUUCAUUGGAGAAAUCGCGCCUAAGAUGAUUCGCGGUCGUCUGGUGGUUAUCAACUCUUUGUGCCUGACAGGAGGCCAAUUAGUCGCCUACGGUUGUGGCGCUGGCCUGGACAAAGUUCACAACGGAUGGCGGAUCUUGGUGGGACUCUCUCUGAUCCCUACUGUUAUCCAGUUUGUGUGUUUUUGCUUCUUGCCGGACACUCCUCGUUUUUAUGUCAUGAAGGGCCAGCUCGAAAGAGCUGCCCAAGUCUUGGCCAAGAGCUACAGCAAUGCGCCUGCAGAACUGAUCCAACAGAAGAUCAUUGAAUUGAACACCCUCAACCGUGUCAUUCCAGGAAAAAACGUUGGCGCUAGGGUUGUGAAUACGAUCAAAGAGCUUCACUCCGUACCUUCUAAUUUCAGAGCCCUGAUUUUGGCUUGCGCUCUACAAGGUAUCCAACAGUUUUGCGGCUGGAAUUCUCUUCUGUACUUUUCCGGAACCAUAUUUGAAACUGUAGGGUUCACGAACUCCACUGCGGUGUCGAUUGUCGUCGCGGGUACUAAUUUUGUUUUCACGCUAGUAGCAUUUUUCGCUAUUGACCGGAUUGGACGGAGAGCUAUCUUGUUGAUUGGGCUGCCUGGUAUGUGUGUGUCGCUUGUGGUCUGUGCUAUUGCCUUCCACUUCAUGGAUGUUCGUUUUGAAGGCGGUGGUAGUGCCGAGAUCGCCAAUGGUGGUUUCACAGCCUGGGGUAUCGUGGUGAUCCUUUCUAUCAUCAUGUAUGCCGCGUUCUACGCACUCGGAAUCGGUACCGUGCCUUGGCAACAAUCGGAACUGUUCCCCCAAGCCGUGCGUGGUGUUGGUACUUCCUACUCCACUGCCACCAACUGGGCUGGUUGCCUGGUGAUUGCGUCUACCUUUCUCACCAUGUUGCAAAACAUUACACCUACAGGCACAUUCGCAUUUUUCGCCGCGUUAUCCUUCGUUUCCUUCCUUUUCAUCUAUUUCUGCUACCCCGAGCUGUCUGGUCUGGAGCUUGAAGAGGUUCAAAUGAUUCUCAAGGACGGCUUCAACAUCAAGGCUUCUAAAAGACUGGCCAAGAAGCGCAAACAACAAGCGAAUCAAAUGGAAUCUGCGCAUGAUGGAGAAUUGAACGGUUACAACAAAAGUAAACCUUCCGAUGAACUAAUGGAGUUGUGA